AUAUAUAUCCCCUCUCACUCUCAUAUAUCCCCCUCUCACACUCUAUAUCCCCCUCUCACUAUCAUAUAUCCCUCUCUUACUCUCAUAAAUCCCUUUCUCACUCCCCUUUCUCACUCUCAUAUAUCCCCCUAUCACUAUCAUAUAUCCCAAUCUCACUCUCUAUAUACCCCACUCACUCGCAUAUAUCCCCCUCUCUCACAUAUCUCCUCCUCUCAUUCUCAUAUAUCCCGCUCUCACUCAUACAUAUGUCCUCAUCUCACUCUAACAUAUCCCUCUCUCAUUCUCAUAUAUCCCCCUUUCACUCUCAUAUAUCUCCCUCUCACUCUCAACAAAACCCCCUCGCACUCUCAUAUAUCCCCUCCUCACUCUCUCAUCUUAUAUCCCUCUCUCCCUUUAAUCAAAAUCUAUAUUGAUUUAAUGACGUGGCUU